AUGAGCCCCGGAAAACCUCUGGACAUUCUGAUCUUUGGCACCGGAGCUGUGGGUUCCACGAUAGGCUGGAGGCUGGCCCAGAACCCACAUGCCAGGCUCUCUGUCGUCUGUCGGUCCAACUACAACGCGGUCAAGCAGAACGGAAUUCAAUUGUCGACCAAGAUGUGGGGCAACGGCACAUUCUUGCCUUACCGUGUCAUUCGCUCUCCACGUGAGGCGUCUGAUAUGACCUUCGACUACGUGGUCUGUGCCAACAAAGUCACUCCGUCGGACGGUCUCUCGUUCGUCGGGGAACUGGCGCCAGCGGUGACGGAAAAGACGACGCUGGUCUCGGCGCAGAACGGAGUGGGCGUCGAGGCGCCGCUCCGCAAAGCGUUUCGCAACAACACAAUCCUGUCUGCCAUAUGCUACAUCAGCUGCCUGCAGCCUGCGCCAGGUACGGUUCAGCAGGUUUCCAGUAUCCGCCCUCAUGCGUUCCAUAUCGGCACCUAUGAUGCGCGAGAGGGCAAGGGUACCGACGAGAGCCGGUUGGGAAAGUUUGUUGCGCUUGACGAUAGAUUCAAGAGAAUCAGUGACGCGCAGGCGGAGCGCUGGACCAAGCAGAUAUUCAACGGAGCGUGGAAUCCGAUGGCGGCAAUUUCCGGGCUCGAGACGCACCCGCUGCUGACCUCGCCUUACUUGCAGACGGUGCGGCAGCUUGCACAUGAGAUGUAUGAGGUGGCGUUAAAACUAGGCAUCUCACUCUCAGAUGACCUACCGGCCAAGACGAUAGAGUUUGCAAAGAACAACCCUUCCUUGGCGCCAUCUAUGCUCCAGGACGCGAGGAUGAAGAGGCCAAUGGAGGUCGAGUCGCUAUGCGGAAACAUCUGUCGACAGGCAGACCAGAUCGGGGUGCCGGUGCCGACCAUCAAGCUGGUUUACCACACGCUGCUGGGCAUGAACAGCCAGAUGCUUGCGCCGACGCAGCCCCUGGCAGCACGGACGUUGCAGAGUGUCAGGCGCAGGCACAGCGUGCCGCAGGAGCUGAGUGUUGAAAGAGAAGUCGAGGCAGUGGCGGUGGCAUGCUAG